UGCGUACCGAUUAACGACGGCUAAACUUAAAGCAUGUGAAAUGUAAACCAGAGCAGCCAGAGCGUGCGCUUUGCGUUUUUGUGGCUUUUAGUAUUGCCCUUUAAGUAAGUCAGCGAAAUUCUCGUGUAGUCUAACCGUUCCUCGAAAAAACUGGCACAAGAUGAGUGUCGCCAUAUUGUAUAUUGAGAUAAUUCUGUUUAUGUUGGCUUUACACCGCAAUGGAUUGUGCCGAGGAUUGGAUUCGCCGGAUUCGAGCCAUUACGGCGAGGACACCGACAACCAGGAGAAUGAACUUUUCCAAGGCGACAUGCUGGGAAUAUACGGCAAUGAAUCAAAAAACGAUGAUAUGCACGAUAAUGUGCUCAAUUCGGAAAGGUCACGCUGGCCCAACGGAAUCGUUCCAUUUCAACUAGAAUCUGCGCUCAGAGUCAACAGAUCUUUAAUUCACGCCGCCAUGGCGAUAAUUUCCCAGAAGACCAGCGAGUGCAUUCGCUUUGUUCCGCGCUCAAAUGAACCGGUUUUUUUGCGCAUAUUACCGGCACCAAGAUCAACAUGUUCUGCCGAGGUCGGAUAUGCCACCAGUAGCCGACGAUUGCAAUUGUCACCCGAGUGCUUGUUGCACGAUGUCAUCCACGAGCUGAUGCACAUUCUGGGCUUCUUCCACGAACACACACGACCUGAUCGCGAUGAGCAUGUGCUCAUUCAUUUCGACAAUAUUAAAGCCUCUAAGCGCGCGGCCUACGAUGUGGACUAUGACAAGCGAACUGAUUCCGACACUCUGCAAUUGCCAUACGAUUGUCGCUCGAUUAUGCACUAUCCGCCGAGCAAUGCACGCUACGCUAAAGAUCCUAACAGGCCGGUCAUGUCGGCAAAGCCGGGCAGCACUUGCAAAUUGGCCCCAACAAAUAAUAUGGUGCUCACAGACCUGGACGUACAGAAACUGUAUACUGCCUAUAAAUGUCAGGAGCGAGUGUUAUACUGCAAUCUCAGCGUCGGCCAGUGUCAUGUGUAUCGCGAAACGCUAACCACCACGGAAAAAUCCAGCUGGCUGAGAAUAUAUGCCGCCAUGAACAAGUGUCAGGAGAAGGCUCCCCAACGAAUAUCCAUCUACUGUUCGGCAGCAGCCACAACCGGCGACCUUCAGGGUAUCGGCAACAAACUGCAGCUGAAAACUGACGUACCGGCUUAUUCUGCUUACAUCGCCGACGCAGUCAUCAGCAAAAGUAAGUUCCUCCAACCGAUCAAAGACAAGGUCAUACAACUGGGGAUAAACAACUGCCAAAGCGCAUCCACCACGUCCAAACUACGCGAUGCAGGUUUAAAUGAUUUACUGGAUUUUGGAUUAUUCUUUUGUUACAAACAAGAAAUUCAAAAAGCGGAUUUUGAAUAUAACUCCAAACUGAAACGAUUGGUCUUUCACUCGACUACAAUGACGAGUAUCGAAGUCAACGCCUUUGAUGCUCUGACGGAGCUGCAGCUGUUCCAGAUGGAAGAAUACUGGAAAGCCCGCGAACAAGUGAAGGUGUCACACGAUACGGAACUGCGACGGCAUUUACAGUUAAUUCAUUGUGACUGCCGGUACCAUUGGCUGCGCAGUUGGUUGGCCAAUAAGCCGCGCUUAUUGAGCGAAAGGUCACUGGACAGCAUUGUACCGAGUGAUCGGGGGGCCAUAAAAGUGGGAGAGAUAUACAUUCCGGUGAGCUGUACAAAUGUGCAACAAUCGGUGAGGAAUUGGAAGUUACACGAGACAACGCGGUAUUAUAAUAAAAAACGCGAACCAUUUGCAAAAAACGCCGAAGUAAGUUGCUGAUGCUGAACAAAUCACUGGAAACCCAUCUGUAUAAGACUGAUCUUCGAUGUUUGUCGUUAUAGUCCUAACUUUCUUAAACAAAUUUAUUUUUCUUGCAAGCGUGCGGAUUGCAGUGCUCGUUAAGGGAUAAAAUGAUAUCGCUGA